AUGAUAACCCGGCUCCUAUGUUCCAAUGUUGGACGGCGUAUCAUUAAAACGCACGGCUGGAGGCUUUUGAGGACAACAACGUUGGCAGCAGCUAGUAGUCAUGACGAACCACUUCCAGUUUACGUCCCAAAGCCAGCUAUUGGAGAGCGAAAUUGGUUAGGAAGUGUUAAGGCACCACCGGAGCAGUUUCCUCAUGAACCAUAUAGGCCUGGAAAGUCGGAUUUGUUGUCGUUCUUAGGGGCUGGUUUAGGAGUCGCACUUACUGUGCUUGCCGUGACGUUUUACAACGACAUAUUUGGAGAGAGUCCAGUGAAGAAGGUUACCUUAAAAGAUGCUCAUCAUCAUGAACUACCUAAGGAAUCGUCACAGGUAGCACAGAUUGAAGCCGAAGAAGUCAAAGCCGUUGAGCAUGAUGCACUGCUAUCGCACGAAAAUGUAGAUAAUCAUCCAACAAGGAGCACAGAACAGUUGGUGCCCAAACUGUCAUCAGAACGAAAUGAGGAAAGUGGCGAAGUCCGCACUGUCGAGUCAACUCAGGAACAAAGUUCUCAUAAGGAAACACACGAAGAUAUCUCUUCACGUGAACAGAAGCCUCCAUAUGCUUCUGAGGAAGGCUCUUCACCUGAAGACAAGCCAUCGCAUUUCUCCACUGAGAGUUCUUCGCCUGAACACCAAAGUUUUCAUGUACAUGUUGAACCGGCGCUGUUAUCCGAAGAUAAGGGCGAACAUGUUUCUACGACUGUCAUGCAUGAGAAUAAUGCACCCAACUAUUCAAAAGGAGAGAAGGUACCAGAAUUCGUUGAAUACCUCUUGGUUGGAGCAGGAACAGCGGCGUACUAUGCAUCUUUGGCCAUUCGGGCUCGUCAUGCAGACGCUAGAGUACUCAUGAUUGGUGAAGAAGAGUAUCUGCCUUACAAUCGACCUCCAUUAUCGAAAGAAUUGUGGUGGUACAGUGAUGGGAACGUCGCGAAUACUUUGCAGUACACUGGUAUAAAUGGGAAGAAGCGGGAUGUUUUCUUCGAAGCUGAUGGGUUUUUUGUACCACCUGCUGAAUUAGCAACCACGGCUCAUGGUGGUGUAUCAUUGCUGAAGGGUCGUCGCGUGAAAAGACUCUGUCCUGAUGAGAAAAAAGCAUAUCUUGACGACAACACAUGCGUCAAGUACGACAAGUGUCUGAUUGCCACAGGUGGGAAGCCAAAAACAUUACCAGAGCUGGAGAAUUCUGCAGAAGUGCGAGACAAGGUUGUAUAUUUACGAGGGGUUGAAGAUUAUCGGAAGUUGGAAUCGAUGUGUUCCUCGUCAAAUUCGAUUACUGUUGUUGGUGGAGGUUUUCUUGGUUCUGAGCUAGCAUACAGCAUUCAUCGAAAGUAUGGAAACGUGGAAGUCAACCAGUUGGUUGCGGAGGACGGACUUCUCAGUGGUAUACUUCCUGACUAUCUUUCUAGCAAGGCUGCUGAAUCUCUUCGAGAGAAUGGUGUUAAUGUGAUCACUAACGCAAAAAUUACCUCGGCGUGUGUAAAAGACGCUAAAGUAGUGCUUGAGGUCAAUGGCACCCAGAAGAUGACAUCUGACUGUGUAGUUGUUGCAAUCGGAGUCGAACCUGACACUUCGAUCGCGAAAGCUUCUGGCUUGGAGGUAGAUGAUCGAAUUGGUGGCAUAGUAACGGAUACCGAGCUGCGCGUCCGAUCUGGAGUAUGGGCAGCUGGGGAUGCGGCCUCUUUUUAUGACAGAUCUCUCGGCCGACGUCGUAUUGAACAUUGGGAGAAUGCUCAAAUAAGUGGAAGGCUAGCUGGGGAGAAUAUGACAGGUGCUGGCAAAGCUUUCUGGUACCAGCCGUCAUUCUUCACGAAGAUUGCACCAAGUUGGCACAUCAAUGCUGUAGGAAACACAGACUCAUCCUUAAACACUGUAUCGGUAUUUGCGAAAGAUGCUAGUGACAAGGAGAAUUAUGAUCGUGGAGUAGUAUUCUAUAAAGGAGAAGAUGGAAAGGUGGUUGGAGUACUCCUUCUAAACGUUUUCGGAUCAGGAGUAGAUGUUGCUCGUCGCAUCAUCGAAGAAGGGAGAAGUAUAGAAGACUUCCAACAACUCGCCAAGCUCUUCUCCCUUUAUAAGCUUGCUCAAACAGAAGAUAAGGAAAAUUAG